GGCCUUUUCAUAUUUAUUUUUUUUCGCAGACACUUGUAACUUGCUCUUAUAAAUAUAUUUUUACCUCACUUAAAGUAGUUUUUAUGUGCGAAUACCUUUCUUACCCCGACUGGAUCCAUGCAUUGCAAGCGGGAGAAUUACAAUUCCAGAAUUAGAAAGUCAAAUCUGCGGGCCUCUUGGCCAGGGAGUUGGGUUGCAGAAGUAGCAUAGUGUAUGCAAGAGCAUACCUAAUCAGGUGUCAUCGGCGUGUGACCACUCGGCAAGUGGAGACCCUUGCUUCGGGGCAGCCAGUGGUUCCAUUUGGACUACGUAUAUAAGGAGGCGGAUGGCAAGCGAGUGCCUCAGUUUGAAUCCACGGAGGCAGGCUCGGAGUAACCAUGAACUCAACACUAUUGGAUAUGUUCCGGGGAUUGCCGGCGGAUCCCGUGCAUCUGCCUUUGCUUGGAUCACCUCUUCCAGCGAUUGGGAUUAUUUUUAUCUACUUCUUGCUAAUUUUCAAAGUGGGUCCUGACUUUAUGAAGUCCCGAAAACCUUAUAAUGUGCGAACUGCCAUGCUGAUCUAUAAUCUCUUUCAAGUCUUAAUGAACUCUGGCAUUUUUAUUAUGGGCACCGAAUAUCUUUUCGUGAGAAAACCGUAUAACUUUCGCUGCAUGGAUAUUCUUCCGUCGGACCAUCCGGAUAAAAAUGCCGAUCGGCUGUUUACCUAUUUCUACUUUCUCAACAAGGUGGCUGACCUGAUGGACACCGUAUUCUUCGUGCUGAGGAAGAGCUUCAAGCAGAUCACUGUACUGCACGUUUAUCAUCAUGCAUUUAUGGCUUUCGGGGUGCCCAUGACAUACUAUUUCUAUGGACCCGGAGGACAGUAUAACACGAUGGGUUAUCUGAACUCCUUCGUGCACGUGGUCAUGUAUGCCUACUACUUUGUGGCUGCCUGGUAUCCACAAGUGAAAAACAAAUUGUGGUGGAAGCAAUACAUCACCAAGUUGCAGAUCCUUCAAUUCGUGGUCCUCUUCGCCCAAGCUGUCCUGACAAUGUGGUUGAAUCCUGCUUGCACCUUUCCCAAGACCCUUCAAUUCGUACAGAUUGCAAUUUCGACCUCCAUGAUGGUCAUGUUCGGAAACUUUUACUAUCAAACAUAUCUCAAAGCCAAGAGCAAAAAACAAUGAGUUUCGAAUGAAUUAAAGUUCUCUUUUCGAAAUUGAGUCUUUCUCAGAAGAGUGAAA